CUCUGCUGACCUCUACCCAACCUCUUUCUCUGUACCCAAGCCCCCACUGGUACGUACAGGCGCAGAGGCAGGCAAGUCAGGCAAGGACUAGGAAAGAGGAGAGGGGGCUGGAGACAGGCUGCCAGAGAGCUCAGAAGCCCAGUGCACCUCCCUGACCCAACUCUGUCCACCUGCUGCUGUGGUCACAUUAACAGAAGAGAUAGCUAGUAAGACAGGAAGUGAGGCCCAGUACCUUGUGGACAGUGGUGUCAUUUGCUGCAACACCUAAGCUGUCUCAAGAGAUGGAAGAGCUCACCCAAACCAGGUUGCAGAAGAUCUGGAUUCCACACAGCAGUGGCAGCAGCGGGCUACAGCGGAGGAGGGGCUCGUCAAUACCCCAGUUUACCAAUUCCCCCACAAUGGUGAUCAUGGUGGGUUUACCAGCUCGAGGAAAGACCUACAUCUCCACGAAGCUCACAAGAUAUCUCAACUGGAUAGGAACACCAACUAAAGUGUUUAAUUUAGGCCAGUACCGACGGGAAGCAGUGAGCUACAAGAACUACGAAUUCUUUCUCCCAGACAAUAUGGAGGCCCUACUUAUCAGGAAGCAGUGUGCCCUGGCAGCCCUGAAGGAUGUCCAUGACUAUCUCAGCCAUGAGGAAGGUCAUGUUGCGGUUUUUGAUGCCACCAACACUACCAGAGAACGACGGUCACUAAUUCUGCAGUUUGCUAAAGAACAUGGUUACAAGGUCUUUUUCAUUGAGUCUAUCUGUAAUGACCCUGGCAUCAUUGCAGAAAACAUCAGGCAAGUAAAACUUGGCAGCCCUGAUUACAUAGACUGUGACCGGGAAAAGGUUCUGGAAGACUUUCUAAAGAGAAUUGAGUGCUAUGAGGUCAACUACCAACCCUUGGAUGAUGAACUGGAUAGCCACCUAUCCUACAUCAAGAUCUUCGAUGUGGGCACACGCUACAUGGUGAACCGAGUACAGGACCACAUCCAGAGCCGCACAGUCUACUAUCUCAUGAACAUCCACGUCACACCCCGCUCCAUCUACCUAUGCCGGCAUGGUGAGAGUGAACUCAACCUCAGAGGCCGCAUCGGAGGUGACUCUGGCCUCUCAGCUCGAGGCAAGCAGUAUGCCUAUGCCCUGGCUAACUUCAUUCAGUCCCAGGGCAUCAACUCCCUGAAGGUGUGGACCAGCCACAUGAAGAGGACUAUACAAACAGCGGAGGCCCUCGGUGUUCCCUAUGAGCAGUGGAAGGCCCUAAAUGAAAUUGAUGCGGGUGUCUGUGAGGAGAUGACCUAUGAAGAAAUCCAGGAACACUAUCCUGAAGAAUUUGCACUACGGGACCAAGAUAAAUAUCGGUACCGCUAUCCCAAGGGAGAGUCCUAUGAAGAUCUGGUUCAGCGUCUGGAGCCAGUUAUAAUGGAGCUAGAACGGCAGGAAAAUGUACUGGUGAUCUGCCACCAGGCUGUCAUGCGAUGCCUCCUUGCCUACUUCCUGGAUAAGAGCUCAGAUGAGCUGCCAUAUCUCAAGUGUCCUUUGCACACAGUGCUUAAACUCACACCUGUGGCUUAUGGCUGCAAAGUGGAGUCCAUCUACCUGAACGUGGAAGCCGUAAACACGCACCGGGAGAAACCUGAGGUAUUUCACCAACUUAUUUGCCUGGGAGAAGAGGAAUACAUGGGGAGAACUCAAUAUGUUUUUAGAAAACUUGGAAGAAUGACAGAAAAGAGGGAAGGUAAAGAAGAAAAGAGACUUGCCAGAAUUGGAUUCUUACCCUUUCUUGCAAAAUGGCCACGUUUCAGGCUGGCAGAGGCCUCCAGCCCCAUGGGAUCAACCUGUAAUUACUGCCACCUCUCUCAUCUCCAUUCAGAUGCUUUGACUACAUCAUCAAAAAGAAGGAAGGUCUAGAGUCACCAGAUGAAAGGUUCUGUCUCCCUACCCUACCAUCUCCUGAAAAUCUCCCAAACCCUUCCUAUAGUGGGUUCUGACCGUCCAACUGGCCACCCUGAGUCCUAGAUUUGUCUUCACUAUCUUCUAGCCAGGAGUUUCAUUUCCCUUUCAGGACAAAAGCAACCCAAGGGCAGGACCCAGGGUUCCUCCUCUUAUUUUGGCCACCACUGAUUUUGCUAGCUGUAUACCUUGGACAAAUAACUUCAUCUCUCUGGGACUCAGUUUUUUCAUCUAUAAAACUGGGAUCUAUGAUCCCUAGAUAGUAGGAGUUACUUUCAAAAAAUAAAGACACACCUGUAUGACUACCCAAGAGAAAACAUAGCACGUGGUAACUACUAUGUAAAUACAAGUUGAAUUAUAUCCAGGUUGUAGCUAAGUGUAUGGAUGUAUUAUUUCCCCACCA